UUCUUUCUUACUCUUUUUUGACCAUUUUUUCUUACUCCUCGAGAAUUACGCCCAGCGGCAACGACCCAGCGACGAGCCGACAGCGAGCGAAGUUGGAUCCUUUGUGACCACAAAAAGAAAAAAAUGGCAUCCGCUACACAAGUCCAAUCCUUUCGUGAAAUGUUGGGUGAACCUACCCUGACGGCAUCACCCAAGGAUAGUACAUUGAUCAUAAUCGACGCUCAAAAUGAGUACGCCCAAGGUCAUUUAAAAACCGUCAAUGUCGAAUCCACGAGAAAGGCCAUUGCAUCAUUACUCGAAAAGUACAGGUCGGGUGGUGGUGAUGGAAAAAACAUUGUCCAUGUUGUGCACAAGGUCCCUGAUGGAGCCCCGAUCUUUACCCCAAACACGAGUUUGGCCGAAGAAUUCGAUGAGAUCAAACCACUCGCCAAUGAAAAGGUCAUCCAGAAGGAAUUGGUCUCUUCUUUUGCCAACACCGACCUGCACGAUUACCUGACCUCGUUGGGGGAAAGGGGCAAGAAGACGGUCCUGACCGGUUACAUGGCCCACGUCUGUGUCAGCACCACCGCCAGGGCCGGUGCGGAUUUGGGUUACGAGGUCGUCCUGGCCGGCGACGCCAUCGGGGACCGUGACAUUCCGGGCUUCACCGGCCCAGAGGUCACCGACGCGGUCCUGAAGGAGUUGGGGGACGCUUUCGGUACCGUCGUGCGCAGUGACGACAUUAAAUAGGAAAGGACACGUAAAAAUCCCCGGUGACACAUCUCUCUCUCUCUCUCUCUCACACACACACACACAUCUUGAUCGUACCCAUAGGAUGUCGGAUUUGAUUGUGUCGCUCAUUGUCGUCAUUUUCUCAUAUUCCCAUUUCGUCCGCGAUAGUCAUGAUCCGGACGUGUUUUUCUUUCUUCCACCAAAUCACGGAAUCAUGAAAUGGAAAAUUCUUG